GACAUGACAAAAUGUCCGAAGGAGUUCGCGUCGGCCAUUGAAACUUUGCAGAGYUUUUUGCCAGACCAUCCGAGCUUGCAGUGGCCACCUCUUCGAUUCCCCGAGGACGCAGUGCCGCCGCCGGUUCCUGCCACCGCCCCUUUAGGACCGGUCGCAUCGCCCAAUUCUGGGGCUCCCGCUAUUCGAGUCACGACARYGCGUCCUGCGACAACAGUUGCAACACGACCGGCAGCCCCGCCGUCUCCACCGCUGGCUGUGACACGAGGUGCUCGCGAUGUGGAAGUUGGUCGUUCCGCGCCAGCCAACGAGCCCCYGCCUGUGAGGAAUAGCGCGGGCUCUGAGGCAUUUAACGAGGAUAGCGCACGUGCUUUUCUUGAGAGUCGCAGGUGGGGGGGGAGUGCCGGCAGUUCAUCGGUGCUCGCCCUUGUGUUCAGGGGUGCUAGACAGUCAGAUGCCGCAGGGGGUGGUGCUGCGGUGGUGCCUGGCGCAUCGCCCCACGGUUCAUCGGAGCACCCCUGGCUGCCACCGCCCCCGUCUCGAGCGGCGCAGCAUCCACUCGUCCACCACGGUCAUGCAACCGUGACGAGACCGGAUCUGUCACACGCACCUGCAGAUGCUCGACAAUCUGCCCCCAUGCCUCGUUUCGGUGAACAGGUGGUUCAUGGGGUGCCUGCGGAGGAGGUCCCCGCUCCGGUGUCCGAUUCAUUGUCGACCCCGAUUCCGACGACGACGGGUGGUGGUUGGUCUGCCCCACAGCCUCCACCCGUGUUGACCGGAUCGUUAGACCCUUUGCAGUGCAUUCGCGACCUUGCAAUCACCCAAAGCGUGACACCUGUGAGUCCUGGCGGGAUGUUGGAUGCCGGGGUCCUCGGCGGGAGAGCCACGACGGCACGAUGCCAGGGCACUUACAGGCAGCAGGCCGUCACGUCAUAUUAUUCGGACCCUUUGAAGCGCGCGUGGCAUCUGCAAAUCAUGCGGUUCAUCGUCGAGAGCGGGAUGCCGUUCAACUGCUCGAAGCUUGAAAGCUUCAAACGCAUGUUCACGAUGAUAAUCCCGCCAGUGGUUCCGGGGGCGGCCGCGCCUAGACUUCCCUCCUACCACAUGCUACGCACGACCCUUUUGGACGAGCUGGAUGGUGAGGUCCAGAAGUGUGUUCGGCCGGUGCUUGACACGUCGAGAGAGACCGGUUGCACAAUCAUGACCGAUGGUUGGACCAACAUCCGUGGCCAGACGUUGUGCAACUACCUUGUUGGGACAGAGAUCGGGGCAGUGUAUAUGGCCACCGACGUCAUGCGCGGCAAAAAGGACGCCAGUGCCCUUGCGAACGCAUGGUUGAAAAGAGUGAAGUCCAUGGACAUUCAAUUGAGCGACAUCACAGCGUUCGUGAUGGACUUCGCCGGGGUGAACGUCGUGGCGAUGGAGGUAUUCCAAAAAUAUGAGAGCGUGAAACACAUCUUCUGGAUUCCUUGCGUCACCCACGUCAUGGACCUCGUUCUCGAGGACAUCGGCGGGACUGAUUGGGUGGCUUCCCGCAUUGCGCAAGCGAGGCUGGUUACACGGUUCUUCAAGCGCCAUGGACAUCCGAGAGAGGUUCUUGAGGCGCACUCGACGAAGACUCUUCUGCUACCGGCGGAGACGCGUUUCGGCACGAACGUCAUCAUGAUGGAGAGGUUGGUGGAACUGCGGGCAGCGUUGAUAGGUAUUGUGGGCGACGAUCGUUGGUGUGAGACUGUUUGGUCAACCAGCAAGAUCCGCAAGGACGCCGCGGAGGUCACUGCGUGUAUCGGCUCCCCUCCAUGGUGGGAGGAUUUGAGAGCUCUGUGCAAGAUGCUCGAGCCCAUCAUGGGCAUGCUGAAGUUGCGGGCAGGGGCGACGCUUAAGARCCCUCUUUCACAAAGAUUGGCCGCGGAGCAUGCGCAUGCGUUGGAGGGGGCGAUGGCUAUGGAUGACAUGUACGGAGGUGAGGGUGGUGUCCUGCCGGAUGAGCCUGUAAUACAGGUACAGGUCCCUGCCACAGAGCAGGGCAGAGGUGAUGCAGAUGAUCGUGCCGAGGAGCUGCCAGUGCGUACACGUGAUUCAGAUGAUGGGCGCGACCGCUUGCGGUCACUCGUCRGUAUGACGGCUCCAACUGYUGGGGGAGGGGCGACAACGACUCCUGGCAGGCAGGUUGYAUCCACAAAUAUGACGUUGAGAGUGAGACAGUCGACCUUGGAUCCUUUCAUUGGGAACAAGGUGCAAAAGGAUCUCGAUCAUAUCUUGGCACUUGCCACGUAUCGAGCCGGCGUUUCCUUCAACUGGCUGCGGUUGAAGGAGAGGACUACUUUCAUGAUGUUGGAGAGGUUGUGGGCACAGAGGUUCGUGCUUGACGAGGUGGUGUCAUCGGAUAAGUGGAGACGUGCAYGAUGGGCCGGCGAUGAACGGACUGAGGAGCCGGAGGUCCGCAGACUGUGCAGRUCUGAUUCAUGGUGGCAGCAGGUGAAGAGAGUGAUGGACGUCAUAGAGCCGUGUUACAAUUUCCUUAGGGACAUGGACCGUGACGGGUCGUCACCGCCUGGUUUGUGGGAUUUGCAGUCAAUCCUUGAGAGGGAGAUUGAUGCUCUGCAGUUGGAGGAGCGUGAGAGGGCGACUGYCAUGGAGAUUGUGGCGGACAGGCGGCCGGAUACUCGUUAUAUCGACGUGUGGGCGGAUAUGGUGGAGGACCCCCCGGAGGAGAUCGACGACGCAGAUGUCAUGCCCGCAGACAUGGGCGAGGAGGAGUGGGAGCACAUGGAUCAAGUUAACCGUUGCAAGGAUGGUCGUAACCGGAGAACAUCUGUAUUGGCGGAUGAUCAUAGGAAGAGGACAUUCAGCGCUGCYACGAGGACAUCCUUGCGUCAACUGCACAUCCACGGGCGACAGAGAUCCGGUCAUCAGGCGCCGCGACAGCACAGUGCCUCAUUCGUCCAGAGUCUUCUCAUCAUGCGGRGCCAGUCACCGUCGAUUCCAUAUGYCUGGAGGCACAUGCUUCUGCCACGACAAGGUCCCUUGCUUGCACCGACAACAUGCGCAGGACUAACGGGUCUUCAAAGGYUGUCGUGGACCAUGGUGCCGUGCACRGGGCAGAGCAGAGGCUACAGRAUAGCAUGGGUGAUAGGUCAGCUCAGGGAUAGGGUGGAGCAUGUGGUAGAGCAGCGUGCAGAGCGUCCGGGGGUCAGACAGACUGUCGUGCAGACAGUGGAUCAGAGGGUGGAUGAUGUAGUACAGGACUUGACGGGCCAGAGGGUUAAGGAGAGGGUGGAUCAUAGCGCAGGUCGGAGAUUGGAUGAGAGAGCACACCCGCCGGACAGGGAGGGCAUUCGUCCCAUGGUCGUGCAGACUGCAGAGCAGCGUGUGGGGGUGGGUUUGGCCGCGAUGGUGGAGCAAAGGGCGGAGCAAAAGGUACAUCUAUGUGUUGCCUUAGGUGUAGAUCCUAGGGUGGAGCAGAGGGCGGAGCAGAGGGUGGAGCAGAGGGUGGAAGUUAGGGUGGAUGUUAGUGUGGAGCACCACGUGGACCAGGGGAGAUCAAACAUCGUUCGCGAGAGAGUGGGCGAGAGGAUUGACGGGAGUGUCGUCGGAGAUGAGGGCGGUGUGAUGGUGGAGGAGAGAAUAAAGGAUAGGGAUAGGGAACCCCCRCAGGAGAGUAGUGCACGAGACAUCGCACUCACCGGAGCUCCGUUCUACGGGAUUCCCCCGUUACCCCCACGUGCCGCACACUCCUCGCAGGGGCCGGAUCUUGGUUUACGUGGCAUGUCGUCACCACAUCGCGUGGCAGCUCARAAGGGAGCAUCUAGAGGAGUCAUGGGUGGUGUCGACCACRGCUCCAGCCAGGCGACACAGGGAGGGGGACGCAGCUUGUUAUUGAUGAAGACCGUUGAUCUUGGGGAGGGGAUCRCUGCAGGCGACAGUGUCUCGGGCGGUAUCCGUACUAGAUCUCAAGCCGUCGACAGAGAGAGGCAGAAAACCUMUUAUCGUGUGGUGGACGAUGAUCCUGRUGGUGAUGAUCACGRCAACACAUCGGAUGAGAUGUCUGACAGUGACUACACGCACGAGACUCGUCAGAGGGGUCAGGCUGAGGGAGGAGAUGAUAACAACUCCGAUGGCACUGGCGACAUGGCAGAUUAGAGGGAUGUUGUGUCGUCGAGUUCAUUCUUCUGCGUCCAUGGGGAGUUGUGGCAUAACGGGUCUCAAGAGGUGGAUGCAAUAUGCAUUUGUUGAGUGAGAGUGGAGCAUUGGUUGCAGCCAUAGCGGCAGAGAGAGAGAGAGAGAGAGAGAGAGAGAGAGAGAGAGAAAAAAAAAAAAAUAAAAAAAAAAAUUGUUGUUGUACUCCAUUUGCUGUGCUGGUAGUGCGUAGCUUCUGUUUCUGUCUCAUUCCCUCGUCCAGCUUGAAUCCGUAUCAGCGAUCUGCAACUUAGUUCAAUGAAUGCGUUUAUUGAUA